GUGAACUAUAGCAGCAGAAUGGCAGCGGCUGACAUCUUGAACGAGUACACGGCUAUCCCCAUUGUGACCCGAAUGUACACUACUGCCUGUGUAGGGACCACAAUAGCAGUUCAACUUGAUGUCAUAAGUCCCUUCCAGUUAUACUUCAACCCAGAGCUCAUCAUCUACCGAUACCAGAUCUGGCGUCUGUUCACAAAUUUCCUCUUCUUUGGCACCCUGGGUUUUACCUUCCUCUUCAACAUCAUCUUCAUCUACCGCUACUGUCGCAUGCUAGAGGAGAACAGCUUCAGAGGCAGGACAGGCGACUUUGUCUUCAUGUUUGUUUUCGGAGCCACAUCUAUGAUGAUCCUGGGCUAUUUUUUCAAUCUGUUGUUCUUUGGGACUGCCUUCACCAUCAUGCUUGUGUACAUCUGGUCUCGAAGGAAUCCCUACGUGCGAAUGAGUUUCUUCGGAAUCCUCAAUUUUCAGGCUCCCUACUUGCCCUGGGUGCUAUUAGGAUUCUCUCUUCUCAUGGGAAACUCAAUACAAGUCGAUCUCAUAGGAAUAGCAGUGGGACAUGUGUAUUUCUUCCUCGAAGACGUCUUUCCCCACCAGCCGGGAGGAUUCAGAAUCCUGAAAACGCCUCGAAUUUUCACGCUUCUAUUCGACCCCAUUCCAGAACAUGACCACUACGACCCUCCCCCAGAAGAGAGGCCAGGGGGGUACAAUUGGGGAGAGACCUGACCACCAUAAUGUCACUUCCCUGUUGAGAAAAUAGACGGAAGGAAUGCGUCAUCAUGCCCCUAGAUGUUAUAUUACUGCUGGAUGAAGAGGUGUUGCGUAUAACGUAAUAAGAAUUGAAGUGAAGAGUGUUGUAAAAAGAUAUUUGAGUUCGCUGUGGAAUCUAUCGUUGAUUGUGCCUUAUCAUUUCACAACGGACUCUAAAAGAACACUUUGUUAUAAAGUAUCUAUUAUUAAUAGAGAUCUGAAAAAUUAUAUUUAAAAAUAAACUAAAAUUGGUGCAUUCAUUUGGGUUUGUCGUCUAGAUUUGGAGAUAACUUUGCUGUAAAAUGUUAUUUAGCUUUCAUUAGAUUAAUGUUUGUUG